GGCCGACCUGCAGCAGCGGCUGCAGCGCCAGCUGGCGCAGCGCUACGGCCUCGAGUCGCAGGCCAACGGCGGCUUCACGCAGGCCGUCGACGUCAUGCAGUACAAGUUCCACUGCUGCGGUAUCCGGGCCGACAGCGACUACCUGCACACGCGCUGGAAGAACGAGAGCGCCUCCUCCAGCAGCUACAGGAGGAGCGUGCCCGUCACCUGCUGCGCGCUCGCCAACACUGAUACGACUAAUUCCGGAAGUCCUAUCAGCGUAGUCUCCAGGGCGUUCAGCGGAACGGUGGAGGAACCAUGGCAGACGCCGAACCCGGUGGACGAGCGAGCGUGCCAGGACAAUAACGACGCGACGGGGGCCAGGCACAGCAGGGGCUGCUAUCUGCAGUUAGAAGCUUGGUUCAAAACAGAGACGACAAUUCUCAUAGCUGUGGGAAUCAGCACUGCAGCAUUCCAGGUUAUUGGAAUGGUUAUCUCUCUUUUCCUCUGCCAGAAACUGGGAGAUGAUGUUUGAAUGUAAAUAGGAUCUUGUCUCACAGUCUUCAUUCUUGAGGAAAAUUUGUUGAUAAAUGUCUACUAUCAGCUGUGAUGAUGUUACUAUAUUUUUUCAGUAGAUUUUAUAAAUAAUGUGUUUUACUUGCUCAGAAAAACUGAAAUGCUAACAACUGAGUAGCUGAUAAGCAUAAUCAAUGGGACAGUGUCUUUAUUCUCACCAUGCAAUCUCAGUCUAUUAAAGUUGAAAUUGUUCAGAAUUUUUGGCUGUUCAAGAUAUUGUUAUUGUAGAAUUGUAAAUUGUUUAAAUAUGUGAAUGUAGGUUCUUAAUGUAACUGACAAAUACAAUAAAGAGAAGAGUAUUUUGCACAGAAAAACUAUUAAAUAUUUUCAGUGUUUUGUAUGUUGGUGAGGUUUGUUAACAUACAAAUGGCUUCAGUCUGGUAUUUUAGUGCCUCUGUAAUUGUCACUUACUCGUGCUGUCUGACAUGGUUGCCAAUGCAGCUGUUAUUAAAUACAUUCAUAUUUUCAGAUAUGAAAAUGAACUAUGUUUCUAAAACAAGUUUUUUACAUCAUGCAAGUAUUAUUUUGGUGUUUGACUUUUUGUAAAACAAUUGUAUAGUGUGGUUUUAAUACACACAUACACACAAAAUUUGAAUUCUAAAUAUUUGUCCAUACCUAAGCAUUGCAGGUAGGACAUAAUAACGAAAUAAAACUUAAACAGAACCUCUGACAAUAAAAUCUGAGGUACAUCACUGUAACUAAUAUUCUCAACAUCUGAUAUGAAUGCCUCACUGUGUCUAUGAGAGGCUUAAUGAUUCCUAACCUAGACCACAAUCAACAACUGUUGGACACCUUAUACUGAUCAGUCACCUUUUCCCUCUGUCACUGGCAGGCAGUGAGAUGUGUGACAUAUACUGACUGGAAACUUGAGAAACCACAGAAGAAUCUAUUGUUGCAUAAAAUGUGAAUAAACAAAGCUUGCAGUCUGUCAAGUACAUUUACGGCUCCUAACAGACAAUAACAUGACUGCAUGAAUUCAUGGCUUCAGCAAAUAGCCUAAAAUGCCUGUGCUCUGACACUUUCUAACAUACUUGGUUUCCCACACCAUAUCUGUGAUCUAUGGCUGUAUCACUCAGUACAGUGUACUAAGAGACCUGAAGGUCUGUGUAAAUCAGAACUACAUUGUCACACUCCAGCAUCUGCAUAUUAAUCUUCAGUGAUAUGCUACUAUUUGCAGAAAUUAUUUUCAGUGAAAUUUCAUAUACCUGCUAUUACUAUGUUACUAUUUGCAGAGAUUAUUUUCAGUAAAUUUUCACAUACCUGCUAUUACUCUCCUGUCAUAAAUUCAUUCAGAGAAUUUUAUUGUCAGAGGCCCCAAAAGUGCCAUAUAUUAAAUUUGUGGUGUACAGUGAACCCUAAAAAAUUCUGAAAUACUUCAUAUUAAGCCUAUAGUGAAGUACUUGCUUUACUGAAAUACUAUGGGACUACAUUUCCUGGUAGUUUGUGAAGUAUCUUAAUUUUCAUUUAAAAAUUAUGAAUACAGACAAUUACAUAUCUUGAAGUAAAAAUAGUUUCUUACUUACAUGUUUCGUUCUAAAAAUUAGAAAUGUUCCUCUUCAAAAUCUUCUGUAAUACCAUUAUAGUUGAACAAUACAAGCAGAAGUCAUUUGUAAAGAUAGUGUAUCUUCAGGUUGCAAUACCUUGUAUAAAGAGAAACGCUGUAAUUUUUCUAUUUACUGAGACAUGUGUAACUGACUGCAUUACCAGUUUAAAAAAGUAAGGAAAAAUGAGAAAGGCAAUGACCUGCAGUGCUUUUGAAAAUCCCAUCACAUGAAAUUGUUAUGUACAAAAUAAUGAAGAAAAUAAGUUCAGAAGAUUGUUUCUUUUUAAUUCAAUAGUACUUCUGAUUUACCUACUGUCAUUUUCUCAUAUGCUGACUCUACAACAUAUCACAAUAUGGUUCUAUUAUGUAAUUAUACCUUGUUUUAUUUGUGAGUUUUUAAAUAGCCCAACAUAAUUCUGAAACUUAGUCAUAAGAUGGCUAUUCACUUGAAUGUAGAAUUAAAAAAGACAGUCAGAAAUAAUAAUUACUUUAGUUACACAUUUACUAAGUAAUUAUGAAACUAAGUGCAUCACUUUGAGAUGUUAUACUCGUACUCACUGAAACUAUGGACUGUUUAUAUCUCUACAGAGAAACAUAUUUCAGUAUUUGAUUUGAAUACAAUAAUUCAGACAUAAAAUUGUAAAGGUUAAUGUCAUCUCUAAACUGUCUCAUCUUGAAAAUGUGUAACAUCAUUUCUGUUACACAUGAAGUAGCACUUAUACCAUUGCUCAGAAAAAAUUCUAAGGAUUUGUUUAUGUUUGUUGCUGUGUACAUUUUGUGACUAGUCAACACUUUAUUGGAGAAAACAUAAAACAGAAUAUAUUUUACAAAAAGCAAUGUCUUUACUCUGUUGUGAUUAAAUAUUGGUUGCCAUAAAAUGAACCACCAUUAGAGACCAUAGGUUCAUAUGAAGUAGUGAAACUCUACAUUCAGCAUGGUAGUAAAGUCUGGAAAUCAGUAGGGAGAGACAUGUAAAGUACCUUCAAAAAUAAAAAAUGCAUUUAAUGAGUUAGAUAUUAUUAAAAUAGUUUUUGACAUACAAAGCUCAGACAUAAGGACUACAGUUAUGCAAAAUUGUAGGGAUGCCAAUGAAAAAGUUGAUUAUAGGAACUAAAGAAUUUCAAAGGUUGUAGUCCCCACAUGACUACAGAGUGUAUUAUGUUACCUUAAACAUUGUGCUAAAUAGAAUCCUAUUUUGUAAAACUGAAGGCAGAGUAUAAUUUUUUUUAUUGGAAGGGAACAAAAGUCCACAACUGUCAACACUACAGUAUAAAUAAUGCAAAUAAUACAAUAAGGUAAACUGCACAAAUUUUUAUCAUAUAUGACAGUAAAAGAAGUCUUGUACCUAUUUACUGAUGAUUGUAUACAAAUUCUUGUAUCUCUUUCUCAUUUCUCUGACUUUAGUACUUUAAUAUUGUAUGUUCUGCCUAACCAAUCAGUACUGACUACCUUAAAGUCACUGUACAUCAUUGUAAACUAUAAAUUAAAAGAUCA